GUUGUAAAAGUUCCAGAUGCUUCUGGUAAAACUAUAACUUUACUAGAAUGGAACGGAAGAUUCUAUCCCCAAUUUCCCCCAGAGAUUGUCAUGAACGUUCCAUCAGUCAAACUCAGAGAUGAUGAUAUCCUUCUUUGUUCUUAUGCAAAAUCAGGUACACAUUGGAUGUCUGAAAUAUGUAGGAUGCUGAUUCAUGGGCGAACAGACAUAGAAGUUAAACCAAAAUUAGCAUUUAUGUUAGAAUUAAAGCCGCAAGAGACUCUGGAUAAAGAACCUUCACCAAGAUUACUAAAUACCCAUUAUAGGUUCGAUCGUUUACCUACUGAUUUGAAAACCAAGAAAACAAAAAUAAUUUACAUAAGAAGAAACCCACAAGAUUUUGUCGUUUCCUUUUACUAUCAUACUCUUAAACUGCACCAACCUUAUGAAUAUGAAGGAGAAUUUAAGGACUAUUUUGGGUUGUUUCUUGAUGGUAAAGUUGACUACGGCUCGUGGUUUGACUUUGUUAAAGACUGGGAGAAAAUUAUAGCUGAAAAUCCAGAUGUACCUAUACUGGACUGUACAUAUGAAGAUCUUAAGGAGGACCCCAUUAGAGAAAUCAGAAGGGUUGCGGAUUUUCUAGGAGUUGAAAGGAAUGAAAAUUUAUUUAGAAGUAUCGCAGAAAGCUGUAAUAUUGAUAUUAUGAGAGCUCGUUUUAAAGGACAUUUUAAGUUUCGGGAAGACGGGGAGAAGACGUUCUGCAGAAAAGGUGAAACAGGUGAUUGGAAGAACUUGUUUACUGUAGCAACGAAUGAGCGUUUUGAUCAAAUUUACAAGCAGAGAAUGGUUGACUCGAAAUUAAAAUUCAAAUUUACUAUAUAGAACAAAAUUAAACAUAAAUCUACACUAAAGCAUGGAGCGAAAAACAGUUACGUGUGCCAUUAUACAUUAAAUUUAGAUUUAAUUUGGAACAAUAUUAUAAAAUGAAAUGGGUUUAACGUCCUAAUGUUCUGAAUAUUAUAAAACAACGAAUCAUAACUGAGGUAAAGUCGAUAUCCAACUUAAAAGAAUAUUACACCCAAACACUGCAUUCAAGUUCAUGUCCAACUUAAAACAAUAUUAUAAUCAAACUAAAAUAAAAGUAAUGCCUAACUUUGACCUCUGUUAAUAAAA